AUGCUUGCACGCUGCGGCAGCUUGAAGCAUCUCACGCUGAAAGGAAAAGGGGAGGCCAGAGAGAGUAUAUCGCCUUCUAAGUCGCCGCAGAAGCCGUCUUUAGAGUGCCGGGUGGCCAUGCUGGUGUGCGUGGAACAGCAGGGGGUCGUUGGAGCGGAGAGUCGGGAAGGGGAGGACAGAGGGGGAGGAGGAACAGAUGUGUCCGAUGCGGCACCAGCAGCAGCAGCAGAAACACCAGAAGAAACAACAGCUGAAGGAGCCACGCCGAUAGCCACCCAAGAGGGGAUGAGGGGCAAAAGGAACCGGCGGUACUACCUGGAUAUCUGUACGGAAGCAGCAGCAGCAUGCUCUGACUCCGUCGCCGCAAUUGACGAGUCAAAGUCCGUGCUGACGACAGGUCAGUGGAAGCUGAGGAAAGCAGCUGAGGAAGCCCUGCAGACUCUCCACACGCACGGGGAGUUGGCCCUCGCGAGCAUCCGGCAUGCGGUCAUUGAGGUGCGGGCGGCCAUGUCUCUGUGCCGGUGCAUGUGGCUUGCUAUGGUCCACCUGGACGGCAGGGUUGUACGUGACAAGGCAAUGGCAAAGGUCUGCUCCACUGCUGAGUCUGCUGGGUUCUUCACUGCAGCAUUGGACCACGAGAGAGAGGAGGCAGAACGGGAGAGGGAGGGGCGGGGUGGAGGAGGAGGGACGGAGGUGGAAGAGCUGGUGGGGUUCGUCCCUGAGAGCAAGCUGCCAGCUGAUCUGGCGGAGGCGCGGGCGCUACUGCAUGCUCUAACGGAGCAGCUGGUGACGCAUAUGGAGGCCAUGGGUGAUGCCUUCGAGCCCGCUCUGCCACUACUGCCUGAGGCAGUGGUGCCAGGGGCAGUGGCACCAAGGGCAGCAGCAAAAGGUGCAGUGACAGAAAAGGCAGCAGGAGAUGGGUCGGCAGCACAAGGGGCAGCAGCAGAAGGGGCAGCAUCAGAAGGGGCAACUGCCGCAAAAAAGGAAGCAGGCGGGAUGGUGGGAGAGGGUUUGAGAAGAGCAAGAACAUUAGAGCAGCUGCGAGGGGCAGAGGCAGGAGGAGGUCGGUUGUCUUAUCCCUUCCCCUCUGCCUCACCCCGCAUGUGCCCCUCUCCCCCCAUCACACCCCUCCCUUCCCUUCAUUCAUCCUCCUCCCCCUAUCCUGUCCCAAGAAAUCCGAGUAGCGAGCCACAUUCCUUCAAAUCCCUGGCAAGAGCUGCUGUGUUUGCAAGGCUCAAGAGCUUGGCGCUCGUGAACUCCUAUGGGGUGGGGGAGGGGCAGCUGGUGAGGCUGCUCAGUGCAUGCGGCAUGCUGGAGGACCUGCGGGUGGAAGGCAGUGACGGGUUCUCAGAUGCCAUCAUAGCACAGAGUAAAUCGGAGUUGCUGACUCGGUUGACUGUGGUGGAGUGCGGUGGAAUCACUGCAGGCGGCAUUGGAGGGUUGUUGGGGAAUGUGCCAAGGCUGCGGUAUUUGAAGGUGGAGGUGAGUAAGGUUUCUGACAGGGCUCGGAAGGAGUUGCUUCGUGCAGGAGUGGCUGUUAGGGGUGUGUGA